AUGAUGAUUAUCGGAAAUUCAAGUGCGAAACAACAUUUAAAUGACGGUAAAGUUAUGCUAAAUGAUGGUCGUAUAGUGAAAGUGAUUAUAUCAGGUACUAAGGAUAAAUGUAUGGAUUAUUGGAGCAAACAAAAAGCUAUGUCAAACACUGCUCCAUAUCGACGUCAAACAUCAUCAAUGAACCGUUCUCACUCUCCUGAUUCGAUAUUUUCUGGUAUUCAUCUUGCUUCAUCGAAACGAUUGGCAAGUGAAAAUCGUUCUAAUCCUUCAACGAAACGUCCUGUUGAUCAUUCAUCUUUUCCUCAAAAUUCGAGUCAAAAAAAUAAUCAAGAUCUUGAUCGUUAUCGUGAUUCAGAUAGCAAAGAAAUUUUUCAUGAUGAAAUUACAGAUGAAGGUCGUAAUUUACUGGAAGUAUCAGCAAGAAAUGCCGGUGAAUAUGCUAGAAAUUUGCUAAAAAUAUUAUUCAAACCUCAUGAAUUACAGUCAAAAAUAUUCGAAGGCAGAAUUAGAUUCGGAACGAAUUGA